GACUGUUCUCCAUGUUUGUGUCUUCUUGUACUCGGAACCGUGUAAUAUAUUUAUUCAAUCGAGGGAUCUCGACUCAGAAAAUCUCUUCAAAUAUUAUUGGAGAGGUUUUAGACAGAAACGCCAAGGAACGUCCCCAUAAGAACGCUCUGAAGUUUCUUGCAACAACCAAAGAAGAGGCUGUCUUCUUCACCUUUGCCGAAGUGCAAAGGCAUGUACAAGCCUUUGCACAAGGCUUGUUGGAGUUGGGUUAUGGCCCUACGAAACGAAUCGCUUGCUGUCUUCCACUCGGAAGCCCAGAGUUUGUGUUUGCUUGUCUUGGAUCUUUGAAGUCUCGUACAACUUUGAUAUCUCUGGACUUUGACAGGAGUUCGAACGAGAUAGAUCCUUCGGAAGUUUGUCGUGCUUUGGAGCACUACAAACCAAAGGGUCUCAUCAUGUGGCAUGGCUACAAGUCGACGAAUAACAAAGGAAACCAAAACAGUUAUGUAGGCCCGGACUUGUGGACGCAACUUUUUCCAGAAUUGGUCGAUUUCGGAAAAGGAUUGGAAGGGUUUACAAGAAAUAAUGGACGUCCUUUGUCGUUGCACAGAUUCCCAGGUUUACGCCACAUUUUUCAUUCGGGAAACGCCAACCUUCCUGGUCUUAUACAAUAUAGGAAUCUGCUGGUAUAUAAUAACGACGCCGUUUCUUCUAAUGGAACGUUCGAGUGGUUGCCCGAUGAAAAAGCCACUCUUUUUUUGUCUUCAGAGGACAGCAAAGAAUAUUCAGGAGGAGAUAUUUUGGACGCAAUUCAACGAUGCCUUCAAGCGAUACAAUAUAGUUCUAACCAUAAUACCAAACAAGGUCGCGUUGUUAUCGCACCAAACUCAAAGGCGACGAUGUCUUAUUUGGCCUAUAUUAUCGCCAGUCUUCAGCAACAGACAUUAGCUAUCAUUCCAUCAUUGCAUUACGAUGAUACAGCGAUUGAGAUGGCAACAAAAAUUGAAAAUGCUCAAAAGGCAAAACAAUGAAAACAUAUUGACUGUAGUGGGAGAUGAA